AUGGCGCAAAGUUUCAUUGGGAAACCGAUUUCCCUCAUUUCACACUCAGAUGUUCGUUACCGAGGAAUACUGGCGGGUAUUGACCCCCAAGCGUCGACGAUACAGCUGUCCAAUGUUUAUUCCAUGGGCACGGAAUCACGGCGACCUCCACAGCAGUAUAUCGCACCGAAUCCGGACCCCUACAAUUAUAUUAUUUUCCGUGCAUCAGAAGUGAAAGACCUGUCGGUAGACGACCAAGUGCAUCAGCCGCAACGUAGUGUGCAUGAUGAUCCAGCUAUCAUUAGGGCGUCUGCAGAUCCACCUAAACCUCCCCAGCCGCCUUACCCACCUGCUGCAACAGCCCCAACUCCACAACCACAGACGUACGCCCAACAGGCCCAACCUCGUGCUCCAGAACUAGCUGUCCAGCCACAACAGCAGCAAGCUCCUCAGGGCCAAGUCCAGGGACAGGCCGUGCCAUCAAACCGCCGCCCCAACCCCGUACACACCGCUGCGGCCUCGCUCGAGACCGUUAGUCGUGCCAUGGGCGACCUGCGUAUCACCGGCGGGCAGGGCUCUGCCCCAUCACAGCACACAGCACGUAGCGGAGGUGGCAGGCGGGGAGGCCGCUCCGGAGGAGGACGUAGUGCACCAUCUGACGAGGCCCUCAAGGUGCCUACGACAGACUUCGACUUCGAGAGCAGCAACGCCAAGUUUGAGAAGCCAGGCAAGGACGCCGCGGGUGAGGACGGGCAUGGCGCGACCUCGGGCGCCGAGGGCGAAAAGACGCCCGACCCGGCAUACAAUCCGCAAAAGUCAUUCUUCGACUCGCUGUCGUCAUCUUCUAACGCGCUAGCUUCGGGUCCGAGCGGUUCAGGUGGGAAUGGAGGUCGUGGAAGGCGUGGAGGAGGUGGAGGAGGCAUGGGCAGGAACAGAAGGGAAGAGGAACGCGAGAAGAAUGUGGCGACAUUUGGCGAGCCUGGUGGUGUGGGAUUGUUGGGCCCUGGGGGGUAUGUUGGCGGUUGGGGUGGGUACGGAAGGAGAGGUGGCCGACGUGGUCGCGGAGGCGGACAGAGCCGAGGAGGCACUAACGGGCAUGCUGCUGUCCAGGCAAGGGGAUAA